UUUACAAUUUACUGUGUCAUUAUCUGUGCAACUUUUCAUUCGUCGUCGCUGACGGUCGAAUAUUUGUUGUUAUUUUUAUUUUCUACUUUUUUUCUGUGUAGAAUUUAUUUAAAAAUAUCUGUGAAAUAGUGAAACCACUAUGUCUGAAGAUAAUUUAACUGUGAGUGAUAACUCAGACAUCGAGGAAGGCGGGAAUGCAGAGCUUCGUGGAUAUCUGAGUAAAUGGACAAACUAUAUUCACGGUUGGCAGGACAGGUUUAUUGUUUUGAAGGAUUCAACUUUAUCCUAUUACAAAAGCGAAUUAGAGAGCAAUUUUGGAUGUCGCGGUGCCUUAUGUCUGAAAAAAGCCAAAGUUAAGCCCCACGAGUUUGACGACUGUCGUUUUGAUGUGUCCGUCAGUGAUUGCGUGUGGUACUUGCGAGCCUCGAAUCCCGAGGAGAAACAGCAGUGGAUUGAUGUUUUGGAGUCAUUUAAAGUGGAGUCUGGAUAUGGCACAAGCUCAGACAGCAGUUCCAACGGCGGCGGUUUACGUCGUCACGGAUCCGUCACGUCUUUACAGUCGACGGGUUCCCAUGGACGCACAUCGCGCCGGCUGGCCGAAAAGAUAGCCGAACUGGACACAUACGGCGAACUACUUUCAAAACAGUCGACACAACUACAACAGUACUUUGACAUGUGCGUGGCCAAGCUACCGGAGAUCGGAGACGACAUCACCGAGGCUAUCGACGCCGUUGAGUUGGCUGAUGGUAACCCGCUAAGCCUGCACGCAGGCGAGGUGCGCGCGACGAGCACGUCGUUUAAGGCGACGGUGUCGGCGACGCUGAGCACGCUGCAGCACUGCGCCUCGCUCAUGCGCCGCCGCGAGCGCCAGGCGCGGCAGGCCGAGGAGCUGUACAUGGCUUUGAAGAACCAGCUAACAGAAGCGAGGCUGGCGUCAAAGCCAGGGCCUGAUCACGAGGAGGGACCGCACUCGACGUUGCCUGACGACGAGUUCUACGAUGCCGUGGAGACGGGGUUUGACAAAAUGGAGGAGGAACGGUGUGCCCGCGUGGUGUCUCCUACCGUACACACGCGAGACCAGGUCGACCUGCCGCCCCCUGCUAUUGACAACCGGCUCACCGUACACCCGCUGUGGACUGAGAUCGACAGGAUAUCGACGGAGCAGAUCCAAGCCGCGUUCGAGGACGUCGGAGGCGGAAAUGGUUGGCAGUUGUUCGCUGAAGAAGGUGACAUGAGGAUGUACAGGAGAGAGGUGGAAGUGGACGGGAUGGUGAUGGACCCCUUGAAGGCGAUGCACAAAGUGCGCGGAGUGUCGGCCCGCGAGAUGUGCCACUAUUUCUUCAACCCCCGAUACCGGUAUGAGUGGGAAACGACACUAGAGAACAUGAACAUAGUGGAGGAAAUAUCGUCGGACGCGCUGGUGUUCCACCAGACGUUCAAGCGCAUCUGGCCCGUCUCUCAGCGUGACGCGCUCUUCUGGUCGCACGUGCGCGCCGCCGACGACGACACGUAUGCGGUCAUCAACCAUUCCACCACCAACCCCCACUACCCGCCCAACGCCAGCGGCUGCAUCCGUCUGUUCGUGACGGUGUGCCUGGCGUGCCGGAGCACGUGCCCCGCGGGCGAGCAGCCCACCCGCCAGAACAUCACCACCAGCAUCGCCUACUGCAGCACAGUGAACCCCGGCGGCUGGGCACCGGCGGGCGUGCUACGCGCCGUGUACAAGCGCGAGUACCCGAAGUUCCUGAAACGCUUCACCGGCUACGUCGUCGACCAGUGCAAGGGCAAGCCUCUCGCCAUCUAGCGGCAGCUCACACACCCCACCCAGGGAACUGUCACUUGACUU